AUGGACCUCUUGCAGUACCUCGUCUUGUUCAGCAUCCUGCUGCCAGCAUGGGCUAUUUCCUAUUGGGUCAUUCCCUACUUCACCACCUAUAAGCACCUUCAGGAAUUUCCGGGACCUUUUGUAGCCAAGUUCAGCAACAUCUGGCUCGCUCUCGGUGCACGAAACGGCAAGAAAUAUGCGUGGGUUGACUGGGCCCAUCGACGAUACGGAAAUGUUGUCCGCGUGGGUUUCAACCAUAUCUCGAUCGCCACACCCGAAGGCCUUCAUACCGUGUAUGCGCAUGGAAACGGCUUUUUGAAGGACUUCUUUUAUGAAGCCUUUGUCUCGGGAGUGCCCGGCGUGUUUAACGUGCGGGACCGCCAGCAACACACCGCAAAGCGCAAGAUCAUUGCCCACGCAUUCUCUCCGACCGCGGUACACGACUUUGAACCACAUAUGAGCGCCAACCUCAACCGAUGGGUCGCUCAGCUGGACAAUAUCGCGUCUCGUCCAGCUGCCAAUGGGUUUGGAACGAUGAACAUGAUGCCAUGGUGUACCUUCCUGGCCUUUGACAUCAUCGGCGACCUUGCUUUUGGCGCCCCCUUCGGGAUGGUCAACAGUGGACGAGACGAAUGCGAGUCGACACUUCCGGGUCAGCCGACCACAUACGUUCCCGGCGCGGAGACACUCAACCGUCGCGGUGAGGUUAGCUCGACGCUCGGAUUACUUCCCGAGCUGCGACCUUUUGCGAAGUACCUUCCUGACCCCUUCUUCACCAAUGGGCUGAAAUCGGUCAAGAAUCUCCACGGCAUCGCCGUAGAGGCCGUCUCGAAGCGCCUUGCAGCGGCACAGGACGGGACUUUCGAUGGGGGAAAACGUCAUGAUAUUCUGGAGAUGCUUGUAAAUGCCAAGGAUGCCAAGGGGCAACCGAUAUCCAGAGAGGAGCUGGUGUCGGAGGCACUGACGCAGCUCAUCGCCGGUAGCGACACCGUCUCCAACACUUCCUGCGCUGUCAUCUACUGGAUCCUCGACGGUGAGCGACGAAACCCCGGCAAGAUCGUUCCUCGACUCCAGGCCGAACUAGACGCCGCCAUCCCGGCCGGUUCCCCCAUUGCGGCGCACAGUCAAGUCAAAAACCUCCGCUUCCUACGGCAAUGCAUCGACGAGGGCAUGCGUAUGCAUUCAACCUCGGCUAUCGGAUUGCCCCGUAUCGUCACGUCCGAGAACGGCGUGUCGUACGGCGAGCACCACUUCCCGAGAGGCACUGUUCUCUCGGUGCCUAGCUACUCCAUCCACCAUGAUGCCGAAGUCUGGGGGCCCGACGUCGAAGAGUUCAAGCCUGACCGAUGGCUGAACCUGACGCCCCGCCAGAAGAUCUGCUUCAACCCAUUCUCCUACGGACCGAGGGCAUGCGUCGGGCAGAAUGUUGCCCACAUGGAACUGGCACUCAUCAUUGGCACAGCCUUCCAUCGUUACGAGUUCAAACUCUACCAGAAAACUCUUGACUCUCAUGAAGGUUUUUCCAAGAAGCCGGACGAGUGCUGGGUCGGAAUCAAGAAGAGGAAUAUUAUCCCCAACUGA